AAUUCUUCUCAAAUGGUGAUAAAUCCAGAUGGCCCUCUUAACUUCCUCCGUGGAUACAUAUACCAGAAAAUGGAGUGCAUGUACAACAAAAGAUUUUUUGCUCCAGAAAUCAAUACAAAGUACGAAUUAAAGGAAGACUCAGACAUAUCUUAUCGAUAUAAUCACUGUAUAUAUACCAGGACAGAACAAAAGGACAAAGCUUAUACUGCACUAUCUGCUAGUGAAAUGGAUGUAUAUGCUGAGAAGUAUCAUAAUCAUCUGAUUGAGUUAUUUCCAUCACCCACUGGCGACAUAACAAUUGAGACACGAGGAAAUCAGUCUUUUGUUCAGUUCCUUCGUGCAGAGGAAACAGAGAAGCAUGCACUGCAGAUUCUUGCUAUGUUGCUUCUUUUCUCAGAGGGGGUGAAUAUUCCCAUUAAAGUCAAUAAUACUGUACUUGAAGUGUAUGAAACAGAUAAAAAAGACCAAAUAUACUUUGAAGUGCCCAUGGUUAUUCCAUGGUUAAAUAUUAAAGAAAACAAGGUGGAAACAUUCCAACAGAAGAAAGUUAAGCAAAUGAUCAGCUUCUUCCAGAAGAAUGCAACCAAUCAAAAAGUACUUAGCAUGAUG